GAAUUGUCAAAUAGGUACGCGUGUGACGUCUAAUGCUCGCAAAGCGGCGCCCAUUUCGCGACGUCAACAUCAAAUCGCAGACUAAAUUCAAGCAUCAAAUGGGCUAGAGCUCAUUUGAGGAUAAUUGUUAAAAUUUCUGUGAGAUAUUGUUAAUUAAAACGGAUUUGUUCAAAUCAAACAGUAAAUUUCAAGGAGAUUUUACGAUUUGCAACACGUGAAUACCGAAAAAGUACGAUGACUUCAACAGAGAAUGUACACGACACAUUUUGCUGGCAUUGCUGUACCACGGGCACCACAUUGAAAUGUUCCGGUUGUAUUCGAUCAUUCCACACCAAGUGCGAAUUACCAAACGAAACCGAUGCCACAGAAGAUGAAAAUUGGAUUUGUUCAGUAUGUACCAGGCAAAUGAAUUGGAACAUGGUUAACGUACAAGAUGAACGAGAAACAUUGCCAAUUCUGAUUGACCGAGUGUGGAAUGUAAAUAAGUUCAUGUGCCUGAAGAAUCCUUUGGAAACAGACAAUGGCAAACAGUCUGGUUCCAUCGUCAAUCCGAUCGAUUUGACGGAAAUCAAAGCAAAGACCCACUCGUAUGGCAGUUUAUACGAACUAUACACCGAUGUUCAGUGGUUGUUGCACAACUGCGUAAUUUUGUAUUCAGAAAAUGAUGCAAAGACAAUGGCAGCCCGAUAUCUGUUGGAUAGUAUCGAUGCAGAAAUUGCAUUUAUCAAAAAGUGUACUGAAUGCUAUACGCAAGUAAUCAAACAUCCAAAGCGCUGGUUUACGAUGACAUGCACUGAACUACAUCUCAUUGUAUGGGCAAAGAUUGUGGGCUUCAAUUAUUGGCCUGCAAAGGUUAUGUCUGCUACUGAGCAAAUGGUUAACGUUCGUUUCUUCGGCGACUACACUCAUGCCGACAUCCCCGUGAACAACUGCUACCUGUACUCGGAGACAAGCCCGAAAGCUCCACGAUACAUAUCGUCUCAAUAUCGUGCUGCGUUGAAAGAAGCCAGAUUGUACAUCAACAACAUUUGCAAAAAGUACGGUACGUUCAAAUAUGCUCAAACAAAAACACCGUUCGAUCCAAAAGCAUUGAAGCAGCACAUCGAGCAAAUGAUUCCGGGAAUUAAUGAGAAUCGCGACAAUGAAUCGCGAAUUGUUGAAAUGGACAGUGAGACUACGGAAGAGACGAACGAUGGGGAUGUAGAAAGCGACAAUAUCACGGUGGAUACGGAUGAGGAGGAAGUGAACGAGGAACAAUCUGACGAAUUGUUGCAGCAGCCCGUUAUCUGUAAAGAACUGCUUAUUGUUUUGACUAGAAUCGAUGAGUCGAAUUCGAAAGCAGGCAGAGGCUCAAAGCGAAACCAUGUGUCCAACGAGGUUAAUGGCGAACCAUCGCCGAAGAGAGUUCGAUUCUGCGAUGAAUACGGUGAUGAUCUUUGCCAAGUGCAAGUCUUCGAGCCAGCGGAAUAUGAACUCGAGGCAGAAGACAUCCCAGAGGAACCAUUGGAUUAUUCACGGAACUCCGAAGCUGCAUACAUGGUUGAAGCUGAUGAAAAUGAUCAAUACAUUAAAGACUCGGAAAAUUCACAGAACGUUGAAAUGCCGCAAGAUCAGCAAAGCGUUGAACCCGAGGCUGAAGUUCCAAAUGCUGUGGCAUCGAAUCAAUACGUUGACAUUGACGACUUGUCAACAUUGGAGCACAGUGCUUAUUGCAGACUUGUGCAGAACAUGAAGGGCAUUCAAGGAGACUUACUGAACUCGAUUCAUAUGAGCCAACUGAGGUCAGAGGCAUUGAAUAGCCAUUUGAUGAGCACCAGAGAUGCUCAUGCCAAGGAGGUGGCUGUUCUGCAAGCACAAAAUGCCGAGCUGAUGGAACGUUUGAAAGCGGCUUUGUCUGAACGAGAUCAAACCGUUCAGCAGUCGACGAUUUUGAUGAACACAAUUAGAAACAAACAUUUGAAAGAAGUUGCUUUGCUCAAGCAAACACACGACCAAGCGAAAUUGGAGAUUCAAGUGAUGCUUGACGAAAUUCGAGAGAAAAACAACGAAAUUCAAGUGAAAAGUUACGAGAAUCAGGAGCUGAAGGUACAACUGGUUGAAAUGGAGCGCAGCAUUGAAGCCAUUUUUGUAGAAAAUGCCAAUUGCGAGAAUCAACUCAACGAAAAAUACCUCGAAAUAAUCGACAAAAUGCGAAAAGAAUCUGAUCGAAAGCUGAGUGAACGAUUACGGUGCAAAGGAUGCGACAAGGAGCUUGCUUUCUGCGGUUCACUUUGUGAGAAAAUUUGCAAAGCCUUGCAAAACCCAACGCCGAACGGUGAUAAGGAUCCGAUACAAGAGUAAGAAAGGCGACAAAACUUCAAAGUUCUACAAACGAUCGCGAUCGUUCAUCAAUGACAUGAAAUACUUGAAUCGAAAUAAAUAUUUUUGUAAGAAAAUUACAAAAUUUUCGUAUGCAAUUUCGGAUUGUGAUUUGUUCACCUUAGAAAAAACCAAUUCAAUAAAAUUCAUACAUUAACUUUAAACAAA